CGGCCGCUGACGCCGCGGCCGAGAGCGUCAGCGGUAGACUGACGAGUUGCCACCGCCACCGCCACCGCCACCGUUCUCAGCCAGAGGCGACCGCCCCCGCCAAGACAGAUCGAUCGACCGGAGCCAUGCCUCUCCCCGCCAACCGUGUAAUGGGAUCCGCCUUCGUCGCGUUCGGCGUCACGCUCCUCGCCGGCUUCCUGUACGUCGCCGUCGGGUCCAAGGCCCUCGCGCCGUCCGACAACUGGUUCUUGCUCGCCGUCCAAAACGACAGGUACUACUGCUUGCUUGUGCCCCUGACCGUCCCUGUCAUAAUCGUGGCUGUGUAUCUGCAUUGGCUGAGCAUGAAGAUGUUCAAGCAUGCGUGAGGGGUGCUACAGUCAUGCAAAACGAAACCCAUCAUCAGUUCAUCGCUCUUAAGAUUGUGGUAUUUUUGUUUUGUUUAUUAUACAGUGUAAGACAAAGUUCCUGUGGUGGAGAAACUACGCUGGAUCUUACAACUGUUGUGUAAGGAUGUGCUUGGUUUCUUGCCUCCCAUUUGCCAAUGACAGUGUUUUCGUGAGCCGAUUUUUGGCAUUGCCAAAUUGUUUGGUUGAUAGCCAAUUAUUGUGCCAAUCAGGCUGGUUCCAAUAGAGAGAAAGCAUUGAGUA